AUGAGUUAUUGCCCUACAAACGAGGACUUGGAAUUCACCUCGCUGCGCUGCUCUCUCUGUUUGCAGCUCUGCCACGCCACACCCAACUUCAAGCCGCCAGAUGAGCAAGCAUCCGAGUGGCUGGUGAGCCGGUAUGGCAGAGAUGUGAAUCCGUACACCGAGCUGGCGUCCAACGCGCCCUGUGGGCUCUGUGCCCUGUAUGCUCGAGCGUGGACUCGCUUGGAGCUGGCCAUCUGCGACCAAGAUGUAGACGAUUCCAGGGCCGUCCCUUAUUGUUUAGCUGAUGCGGCAGGAUUUGGAGCUUGUUUGCCCCUGUUCGGAUGUACGAUCGGCUCGCUCCAAUAUGCUGUCCGCAGCUACUUUGGCAUCAACGGCACGAAGAAGCAGGAUUGCGCCGACGGCUGCUGCGCCCCCCUUGUGACACUGGUGCGCAACGAGCAAGAACUUAUCCUCCGCGAAAACCUUCGGAGAGCCUCGAAAGAGGAGCAAGCCAAGCAAUACGUCUGUUACGAUCCAAUGGUCUAUCCUGCGGCCAAGCUGGCCCCGCGUGCGGUCCGAGCAGUUCAAGGCUCUGCCAACGAAGUGACUGCACGGGGCACAAACGCCAGAGCACAAUCCCCGUACGAAGAUGUUACCCCGCCGCCCAGAAGCAACCGACGAGUUCACGGCCUGGAAGAUGACUUGACAGCUCCGGCCAAGGCGAAAAGGAAAGAGCACGGGCUCCACGAAGACGUUGAGACAACGACUCCCCCAAAGUCUGUGCCGCACCAGCUGGGGGCAACAGCAUCCUAA